AUGUCCGACUACUACAGCAACAAGCACAACAAGAGCCUUCCAGCCAUGCUCAAGUGCGCGGCUGACGGCAAGUUGGAGAAGAACAGCAUGUUCUCGAACAGUAUGCUCAAGAAACGAUCCUUCAAUCCCAAUGCCCAGAUCACUUGUCGCAAGCACACCGCUAGCGCUGCUAUCGAGUUGCUUUGCAGCAGCUGCCGCAAGCAGAAGCCCAUCGAAUUUUUCAGCAAGAAUGAGCGGAAGUCCAGUGGUGCCCAGCGCUGCCGCGCUUGUGUCGAGUGGAUUGAGUGUGACGAGCCUGACCACGUCCCUUUGCCAGCCCCCAACAGCAUUCGUGAUCACAAAGAGAUCAAGGUGUACAAGGGCGAUCCCAAGAACACUGUGCCUUACCACUGUGACGAGGAUGGCGACUAUAUCACUGAGCCUCGCGACAACUCGUGGGUGGGACGAUCCCUGGAGACCACGGGCGCCGAGACUGGUGAUGGUCUUACAACCGAGAACCUCCAGCACAUCAACGAUGCCCGCAACUCACGCUCUGCCUCCAGCCGCGGUUACGGGAGCUACCAUCCGUCCUCUGCACCCACCGACUCGGCGUCUACCACUGGCACUGAGGAGACGGCCCGGCCCCGCGACGCGCCCCAGUUCAAUGCUUACGGUCCCAACGGCCAGUUCCAGAGGCGCCAAGCCGGCACUGCUUCUUCAGUGACCUCGGCCACUUCCCGCAGCACCACCGGAAGCAAGGACUGGGCCAGACCGGCCACCCGCAAGUAUCCUCCCGCAUUGCCUCGACACAUGGAGUACGAGAAUCCCGAUACCGUCGGACACGACGCCUACGAUGACGACGACAGCUCAGACGGCUGCUAG